AAAGAACGCAAACAAUAACAACAUAAAAACAUAAUAUGCGAAGUGCGCGGGUGAAUCAUCGUUGAGCAACAAUUAAAGUUAAUUAACACAUGAUUGUGCGACGUCAUUAGCAGUGGCAACAACAACUGGGGCACACGACCUCGUAAAAAGUAUGUCUAAGGAUGCGAUUCCCGCGUCGGAAUGUGCGCACCUGGUGGAAUUCAAGAGAUUUCUUGCAACUACGGCGGAGAAGGCAGCAGCCGUAAGCGAAGAGGUGCCUAACCGGAGUUGUGUAACCCGUACGACCAGUGACACAUACAAAGUGUCUAGCGAGGAACGUCAUGCGGAGUUGGUCUCGGCCAUUUGGAAUCAGCUAGCCUCUCGAGGAUGCCCGGAGCAAUUCCGGUUGAAACUGCUCCACCGAGCUACGCAGCAGAUUGAACAGGAUCUAUGCUUCGCCAAAGAGUGCGAGGUGACUGGGGAGGGUCCGCCGCAGUACGAUCUUCUCAAACUGCAAAAGUUCGUGGCCAGUGAGUUGGAGAAAUUUCUUCUGAAACUCACCGACAACUCGGAGGUGGAUCGCCUUAAGGAUUUUUCUGAUGAGCCUGGAGACUGCAAAGGCCAUCAGAAGAAGGAACCCCUGCACACAUCUGCCGCUGUGAAGAACAAGCCCCGGAAAAUGGAAGAUCGAAAUGUUUGCCUAGAACGAUUCGGAGAGAUAUAUGAAUUGCAGGACAAAAACACUCGAUUCUUUGGUGUCUUCGAUGGACACUCGGGCUCUUUAUCCGCUAGCUAUGCCACUAGCCAACUUCCUCAGCUCCUUGCCGAUCAGCUCAAAUUGAUUUCAGAUCAUUCUACUUCCGCCCCAGACUUUUAUCGAAACGCCUUUGAGUCGUCGUUUUUGCUGGCGGACGAGCGUUUUUCACAAAAGAAGAUCACGAGCGGCACGACCAGCGUUUGUGCAUUGAUCGCUAAAAAUCAACUUUAUAUUGCCUGGGUGGGUGAUUCCAAAGCACUUUUAGUGGGCAAGAGAACCCAACUACAGCUGGUGAAACCUCACAAGCCAGAGAAUCCAGAUGAGCGCAAGAGAAUAGAAACAGCCGGUGGUACAGUGCUCCAUGCCCAAGGGCAAUGGCGGGUAAAUGGUAUCUUAAAUGUGGCGCGCUCUAUUGGAGAUUAUAGUUUAGAGGCAGUGAUCGCUGAGCCAGACUUUGUGGAUGUGCAGUUAAAUGAGGCUCACGACUUUCUUGUCCUCGGCACCGAUGGUCUUUGGGAUCAUGUCCCCGAAUCGUUUGUCAUUGAAACCGUUUACGAGUCCCUGGCGGAUCCCACAACGAAGCUGGACGACAUUCCCAAACUACUUAUAGAGGCUGCUAAAGAGCGAGAUUCGCAGGACAACAUAACAGCGGUGGUAGUCUUGCUCAAACCCCGCCAUCAAAUCGAAAACCUUUAGAAGUGCGAGACUGGUGAAUUGGAAAUCCAAGCAGAUUUUUUUUUUAUUGUUACCAGUAUUGGAAUGGGUUAAUUUGUACAAAUUGAAAACAGUCUAGGAUUCGUAGUAGCAAAAAUCUUCAAUAAUCUCUUUCUGCCUGGGAUAAUAUAAAAAUCAUAUCAAAUUUUUAUUAUUCAAGUAAAAAAAUCGUGCCAAACAUUUUAAAAUAAUUCAAAAAUGCAAUAUUAGUUUGAUGUUAACAUGCAUAUUGAAGGAAUGUAAUGAAUAUAUCCCAUUUUUAAAAUAUAAUUGAACGUUAAGAGACGUUCACCGUGAUACAACGAA